ACUUUGUCGGUGGUGGUCCGGUUUGGGAUUUUACUCGUAGUUCCACCAGUGAAGAUGCUAAAAAGUUAGGAAUUGUUGCUCCUGGAAACGAACACGCUGCUCACAAGUUGAUACUUGCUGGGAAACUACAUGGGACGACGAAAAAAACACCCGCGAGGCCGUUAAAGGUGUGGCAGGUAGAGCAGCACGAGGUCGAGGUCUGCGCUCCCUCACCCCUUCCCUUGUUGCCCUCACAGAGAGACCAGAGUCCGUGUUUUUUUGUUUUUUUCUGCCCGGACACAACCCGCAACAUUGUGAAUUCAUGAUCACAUGACCGUGGAUAUGGACGCAGUCCUGUCCGACUUUGUCCGUUCCACUGGAGCUGAACCAGGAUUGGCCAGAGAUCUGCUAGAGGGCAAGAACUGGGAUUUCACUGCCGCCCUCAGUGACUUUGAGCAGCUACGACAGGUGCAUGCUGGGAACCUGACGUAUUCGCUCGUAGAGGACAGGACGUAUCUGCCGCCAGAAAAGGAGAUGGCCAGGGUAGGGCGGCCUGUACUCCACCGCCAAGAUGAGGUGGUGCAAGCAGCUACGGAAAAGCGUCUGUCGAGGGGAAUUUCUCACGCCAGUUCAACCAUCGUGUCCCUGGCGCGCUCUCACGUCUCAAGCACUGGAGGUAGCAGCAACGAGCCACUUCUGGACACGCCCCUGUGCACUUUCCAACUACCAGACCUCACCGUGUACCGGGACGACUUCCGCAGCUUCAUCGAGAGGGACCUCAUCGAGCAGUCCAUGAUGGUGGCCUUGGAGCACGCUGGACGAUUGAACUGGUGGACUAAAGUGGUUUCAAACUGUCAGAAUCUGCUGCCUCUGGCAACAAGCGGAGACGGAAAUUGCCUGUUACACGCCGCCUCGCUCGGUAUGUGGGGUUUUCAUGACCGGGACUUGAUGCUACGGAAGUCCCUGUACGCGCUGAUGGAUCACGGGUUGGAGAGAGAGGCACUAAAGCGCAGGUGGAGGUGGCAGCAGACCCAGCAAAACAAAGAGUCCGGUCUGGUGUACACGGAGGAGGAGUGGCAGAAAGAGUGGAAUGAACUGUUGAAGCUGGCCUCCAGUGAGCCCAGAAUACACUACAGCACCAACGGCACCAACGGGGCGGAGUCCUCAGAUGAACCAGUGUACGAGAGUUUAGAGGAAUUUCACGUCUUUGUCUUGGCCCACGUCCUCAGGAGGCCCAUAGUGGUGGUGGCCGACACCAUGCUGAGGGACUCUGGAGGAGAGGCCUUUGCACCCAUCCCCUUCGGAGGCAUCUACCUACCACUGGAAGUGCCAGCUGCCAAGUGCCAUCGCUCGCCCCUGGUCCUGGCGUACGACCAGGCGCACUUCUCCGCCCUAGUCUCCAUGGAGCAGAGAGACAGCUCCAAAGAGCAAGCAGUUGUGAUCCCUCUCACUGACUCGGAGCACAAAAUGCUGCCUCUGCACUUUGCUGUGGAUCCUGGGAAAGAUUGGGAGUGGGGCAAGGAUGACACAGACAACGUGAUGCUGGCGAGUGUUGCUCUCUCUUUGGAGGCGAAGCUCCAGAUGUUACACAGCUACAUGACGGUCACCUGGCUGCCCCUGCCCUGUGAGCAAGCCCCUCUGGCCCAGCCCGAGUCGCCCACAGCAUCGGCUGGAGAGGAUGCACGAACGCCUCCAGACUCAGGAGAGUCAGACAAGGAGUCAGUCAGCAGCAGCUCCAACGGCAACGGAGACACAACCACAGGAUCAACGGUCAAUGGAGGAGGGUCCUUGGCUAAGAACAGCUCCUCUUCCUCAUCUAGUUCCUCCAGCAGUGGAUCGGCGGGGGCUGGGACGGGAACAGCGGGGAAGGACAAAAGCAAGAAGGAGAAAGACAAGGAUAAAGACAAGAAGAGGGCAGACUCUGUGGCCAAUAAGCUUGGAAGUUUUGGCAAGACUCUGGGCAGCAAGCUAAAGAAGAACGUGGGCGGAUUGAUGACGGGAAAGAACGCUGGUGCUGGAGGUGCCAAGCAGGAGGGCAUGGAAAAGAAGAAGGGCUCGUUUAGGGGGAGGAAGGGCAGCAAGGAUAGCUCUCCUUCAGCCCACGCCUCAGAGGACUCUGGGAAAGGCUCCCCCUCCUCAGGUAGCGAGCGUCUCAACGGAACAGGGAGCAGCAUGAGCAGCAGCGGCGGGAGCAGCACUGAGAGCGAGAACUACAAGUAUAGCGCUGAUGUCAAGGUCAGCCUGGGCAUCCUGCGAGCCGCCAUGCAGGGUGAGAGGAAGUUCAUCUUUUCCAGCCUUCUCACUACCAGCAACCGGCAACCUUUCCAGGAGGAGAUGAUCCAGCGCUACCUUGCCGAUGCAGAGGAGCGCUUCCGGGCCGAGCAAGAACAACAGCGCCGUGAUGCAGAAAGGAAGGGCGUCACCAAUGGCGUCCACCCACAGAAGAAGGAGGUAGUUGGCGGCACGGAGCUAACAUAUCGGCCCUAUGAGGCCAAAGAAGAGCUGUCGGAGAACCCGUCACCUUCCUUUAACCAAGUCAAGCCCUCUCCUUUGAGCCCCUCUAUGUACUCUGGUGUUGUGCCCAUCCCUCGGCCCUCCUUCAUAGACCAGCCUCCUGCUGCGGCGCCCCUCACCCAGCAUCUUCACAUGCACGGAUACAUGGAUACUCGGCGCCAGCUAGCUGGUGGCUCCCCGGCAGCCUCCUACCCCGGCCUCCCCUCGUACGCCACUCUUCCCCGGCACUGCCCCACAACGCAGCCUCCCUCCCAUCCCCAGUACAAUAACUCACAAGGCCCCGCCUCCCUGAGUCCCUCUCGCCUUGCGCCCUCAUACCCCCCUGAAUUCGACCCACCGGACUACCCCGGAUCUGAACCCGCUGGUGGGAGUUACACCAACGGCUUCAGGGAUGUGCGCUCCAACUUAGACUCACGGAGCGGGCAACCCCCAGUCAGGCACUACUCACUGGGCAGCGCCGGUGGUUUGGCCAGCCUGCAGUCCAGCCGCUGUCGGACACCCAGCUGCACCUACUACGGACACCCCGAGACGGGCAACUACUGCUCCUACUGCUACCGGGAAGAGCUGAAGAAGAGAGAACCAGAACCGGCCAUCCACAGGUUCUGAACGGACCUUUGCUUUGGCUUGAAUUUGAUGAGUGGCCUUUUUCAAUUAAAAAUAAAUAAUAAUGGCUGGGGCGGAUCAGCCUCUGAAUGGACAAGAGAAAGGCACAACCAGCUCCCUCCCUUUUUUGUCACUUCCUGUUGGAAUAGACGACCUCAGAAAGUGGCAGAGAGUCGACUCCAGAAUAAACAGGGUGGUUUCUGGCUGCUGGGGGUCACAUGCUAGACCAUAGAAUAAACUAACUGCACUUCUGUUACAUUUUGCUGUGGCUCUUAUGCAGGCGUUGUGUAUGAGUGUAUGAGAGUGUGUGUGUGAGUGUGAGUGUGUGUGUGUGUGUGUGUGUGUGUGUGUGCAUGCAUGGGUGUGUGUGUGUGUGUGUGUGUGUGUGUGUGUGUGUGUGAGCUGCAGGCUCUCCUCCUUUAUCAGUUUAACGCCUUGCUACUGUCUCCUCCCAGUGGAGAGAAUGUAUAUGGCAGGCGCCAUACACAACACUCAUCAACACACACAUACACAGAACAUGCACACAUUCACACUAAGUCAGACUCACACUGCUACACACACACACACACAGAGAUGCAAGCACAAACAAACUCCAUUUGUGGUAUGUGAUGAUGUUUGGAUUGGUUAAUUAAGGGAUGUUUGAGCAUUUUGAAGUCAUAUUCGGUUCGGGUGAUUUCAGUGUUAUUCCGAUUUUUACACUACUGUUACUAGAUGCUUGCGUCACAUGUACCUCGGGAAAGAACAGAAGUCAUCCUUGUCGGUCACCGUUUGCAUAAUGCAAAUUUAAACUUCCGUGCAAUGCUUAUAAAUGAGCGUUCUGCGGGCUGCUGUGGUGCUAACGCCCCAGAACACGUUAAUGUCCAUGCAUUUAAGGAAAUUGCUGUGCACUGUUAUCCGUCUGGCAAAAAAAAUAUAUGUCACGCAAUUCAUAUAUCUAGAAAUUGAAUUAUAAAGAUGUCAACCUAUUGGAGGUUUAAUGCAGUUGGCCACAUUGUUGAACAAAGACAAUAAGAUAGUGUUUCCCAGAGCCUGAUCCAGAGUAUUUCAUAUGUUUGUUGCAGUGUUCUUGGUUGGGUCUUCCUCUUUAUGUAACAAUAGUUGGUGUUGAGGAAUUGGAUUAUUGUGGCCAAAACAGGCAUGCAAUACUACACACUACAAAGUGAAAAUGUUACAUCCAGCACAACAGAUUCUGGAGACACCCGUCACGUGCGUAACAUGCUGAAAAGUUAAAUGAAAUGUUACUAAACGCAAUUUUGGAUUUCAGAAAAGUGAAGCAUAAUAACUGAUUUGUCAAUAAGUAAGAGACACACUUUUUUCAUGACCGUUGUCUCCAAUUUCUGUUUGCAUGCUGCAAAGGAAUGCAUGCACUUUUGUUGGAUGUUGAUACACAAUGACAUUCACAUUGUACUGACAGAUUCUGGUUAUGAUUCUAAAAACUCUGUUUUGAAAUGACAAACUCUCCGGUGGUUAAGAAAUGUGAAACAUGUUACAUUUAAUCUCAUGAUCACACAACGAAAGGUCAUACAGCACAUUCAUGUGGUCCUCACAGGACAUCUUAACUUUUUGAAACUUGAGCACAUUUGUUUGAUUUCUUUCGAAAUUAUGGGAAGAAGACAGUGAAAAGCUAAAGGAGAAAUGACCCAAAAAAUAGCAAAAAAUAGAAACAAACACAGAAG